UAAACGACCACAAGUGAGGUAGUUAUUCCUUCAGUCCCUGUUAAUUAAAUUUGUUUGUGGCUUAACUACCUCUAUUGACGCGCGUGUGUGCGAGAGUGACGAAAGCGGCGAUGGCAGGAGGGCGACGCAAUCCUUCCCGUGUUCCACCACCCAAACCUGUAGCACUGCUGGACCAUGACUUGAAGAGGCUCGGACAUGCAGAAGAUGGACCGCCCCUGAUGCCCAUAACACCUCCUAAGCACAUGACCAUACCGGAUAUUCCCCGCAUCUCGGAGCUGGGGUUUGAGACGCUGAUGCUGGUGUUUAGCCUCAUGUCCUUGGCUCUCCAGUACCUCAACAUCUACCGCACUGUCUUCUGGCUGCCUCAUUCUCACACCAAAUAUGCUAUGAACCUGUACCUGAUAGAUGGAAGUGUAGUGUGGUUUAUCGUGGUGACACUGACCCGGAGGUGGGGGUGGAGCAUCCUCAAGCUGGUGAUCACACGCUGCCUUCACCAGUCUCUGUGGAAGUCAGCUCUCUCUAUCGCACGUGUGGUGUUUGUGUGCAUCAUUGCAGCACUUCUUGGCUUUUGUCUCUACACAAUCAGCGACGCUCUUACCUACAUCAAGAUUUUGGCUCUUGGAUACCCGCUUGUAUUUUAUGUCUUCAUAUUUGACAUGGAGAUCACAUCAUUCCUAGAAGUUAUUCCAGUCCCUUUACAUUACAAGGAGGAAGGAACCAAGGCCAGACAAGUGAGAAGUAUGAAUAUGUGGAAAGAUGGAUGGUUGCCUCAGGAAACAUACACAGCUGUGCCGCGUCUCAUUCAGCACGCUUGCUUGAACAGCGCUGAGGGAGUACGCGGAGAGGUGGAAUUCCUGACUAACGACUGCAACAAGCGCAUGGCACAAGUCAUGUACCAGACCAUCGUCAUCGUUUACUACACCACGCUCAUUCCGUGCUUCUUUGUCCCGAGUCCAUUGUACUAUGAUGUGCCGUGGGUGUCAUUUCACAUACUAUUUGUGACAACUACGUGCUUCAUGUGGCACCUCCUCUAUUGUUACCCUGCAAGAUACUGUGAUAUUCUCCACCGAGCGUCGAUGCACCUCGGGGGAUGGGCUCGGGUUGAAGGUCGGUCAGCUCAUGCUCCUUACAACCCUUGGUCCAAUUCUGUGUUGUGGCCGCAGGGAGCUUUGGUCAAACACAAUCGGGAGCUGUACCGAGCGGAGGGCAUCACCAACGCUGCUGAGCCCGGCAACACUACACAUGCCAGACUAUAUGCGAUCUUCUGUGACCCUUCCCGGCCAGUGUUGGUGCUGGUAUGGGUGUGUGUCUGCUGUGUCCUGCUACACUUAGUAUUGCUGGCCUCCUUACACCAAUGGCAUCAGUUACUGGCCACGGCACUGGUCCUGUCGGCAUCGUACGCGGCACUCUACUACCUCUUAAGAGACUAUUUGGUUCUCAGAAAAGUUUAUCAGCAAGAGCAACAGCUACAAGAGAGAGUUGUCAAUUAAAUUAUGCUCGUAAUAUGUAGACUUAUAAUAAAUACGAUAAUCUUGGAUAUAUAAUAAUUUCCAGGAAACGGCGUGUGAUAUAUCGCGUUCGUGAGACAUUCCACGUGAAUAGUGACGUCAGUGAAAUGUAUGUGACGUGUAUGCAAGUGUUAGAAAUUGAUGAUGGACAUGUCACGGUAAAGACAUGAAGAAAGGUUUAGUUUAAAUUUCAUGUUCAAAAUGAAAUCAAACACACACAGGUUCUGAAAAAAAUUGUUUCAGAAAAAAGUGAGUCGUGAGCAAAUUACUACUGUUUUCUUCCACCUGUUGGGAGUAUGUUGAAGCAGUAACUUGUUAUCAGUACUGUCUAGGCAGGAGAAUUUUCAUAUAGGUACUUUAUUGUAUUUCUGUUUUUAUUUCUGAGGUACAAUUUUGUGGCUUCUUUUGACACACAAGGAAAAAGCUCUCUCAGGGGUGAGUUGGUUCUUUAUUUAAGUGAAUUUAUUCAUCAUGGUGGUACAGCUGUAAUGUGAGUAUCUCUCUCACCACUGUGUCAAGGGUUCAAGUCCUGCUUGUCCCGGACACAUGUGGGAAGGGUGUUAUCCAGUGCGACCCUACCAAACAUCACAGGUUUCCUCCGGGCACUCUGGUGUCCUUCUGUACUAGCACUGGAUGGAACCAACUACCUGAACAGCUAGUAAACUGGUAAGUGGUGAAAUGAUAAAUGAAUGAUUUGUGGUACAAGCCAGCAUGGUCACAGUGAGGUAAUUCUGUACAACCCUGAUAAAAGACGAAUCAUUUAAGAAAUGAUGUUAUAUGACACCAGUUCUUAGAGUACAGUACAGUAUUUGUAUUUAUAUUUGUAGUCUCCCCAAUUGUUUUCUGUAUUGAUAUAAGCAGUUUUAUUUGAAGACAAGGCAAUGAAUUAAGUAAAUAUUACAGUAUUUUUGCAAAUAAAUCACUGUAGUUGCAUGUGGUCCAUGUAUAUGCUGAUAACCACAUCUGAAAAAAGAAAACACCAAGUUCCCAAGUACUUUCAUCUAUUUCACAUCCUUAGGGGUGAGUACAGACUGAGGUGGAGAUAGUGCAAGACAAUACAUAAUGUCAGAAUAUAUUUUAACAUUUUCAUAAUGUUCUUAAGAAUUUGAACCUUGUUAAUGAAAAGAAACAACUAAGAAUAAAACUUGACGAGGAAGCUGCCUUUGGACAAUCUCUAGGUCUUAUCUCACAGGAAGUGGCUACAGAUUAUAUCAGUUAGUGUUUGUUGUUAUGGUUUGUUAUUUUGUACACCAGGUCUGCUUACCCACCACUGUUAGUGAUGAAUUCAGAGCCGAGUCAAAGUGUAUUCAUCGCUUAAUUAUUAAUACAGUACAGUAUUUUGCCAGGUAUUAUUCUGAACACUGUACAGAAUCCCACUAAUUCUUUACAUUAAAUUUAAUUGGGAUUAUUACAGAAUAGAAACAUAAUUAGAGAUGUUCUAGAAACUUUAAAAGUGAUAAAUUAUAUGAAACUAAACAAAAAGAAUUACACAAUAAUAUACAGUGUACAGUAUUAGCUUACAAAAUGAUUAGAAAUACUGUAUAUAGCUAAGAACUCUAUAAUGCUGCCCAGUGAAGGUUUCAAUUGUGAUGAUGGUCUGAAGGUUGAAGUAACUGUCUCAUCAACAACAUAUAUACUGCUUGCAUCAAUAUGAUUUGAAAAUUAUACUGUACAUUCACGGUCAUAAGUUCUGUCGCUUCUGCCGAUUCACGAACCCCGAGAUUCAUGAACCCUAAGCAUUUAUGGACAGUAUAAUGCAUCAUUGCUUACUGCUUCGGGUUCACGAGUCUGGAUCUUAGGGUUCAUGAGUCUGAAUAUCUGGGUUCGUGGAGUACAAGAAGAUACGACUGGAUUCUUGACCGUGCCUGUACAAAUUCUAUUCACAAAUCCAAAAUUAUCUAAGAAGAAUGCUAUAAAUGCCCUGUGUCCCUCUGUUAGCACUGACAUGUUAGAUUACAAAGCUAGAGAAAUUAUAUUUCACUUGAGUUAGCUGGUAUGGUAUAAAUCAAGGUGUAAGGCUGGGGAAAAAUGGAUUCCUGGAUGUAUGAUUUUUGUAUUUGUUUUUUAUGAGACUGAGGAACUUGUGUUAUCAGAGAGAGAACUUCAUUUAACUUAUGGGAGAUAUUGUUUUCUUGUUAUUGCCUCUAGUAUUGUGCGCCAUCUUGUUUUAAAGGUUUAUUUAGUAGUAUCCUGAAGUGCACAAUCAGUGUUCUAUGGACCUCAGUGUGGGUAAGACCUCCACUUCUCCUCCUCCUCCUUCCCUUCCUCCUUCCAUGAAGUUUUUAAUCUAAGUGUGUCUGUCUUUCCUCACUUCUUAACAUAAAAGAUUUAUUUAUUUUUUCAAUAGUGUGUUAGUUAUAUUAUUUCUGUAAUUAGGUUGUUAGUAAGUAGAUGCAUUUUAUUGCAUAUUUACAUUAUCUUAUUUUUUUAUAAUGCCAGUAUAUAUUAUAUAUAUACAGUAUAUGAACACUAAUAUAUACCGGUAUAUACAUUGUAUGUUUGAUCCAUAUAAACUUCUAAGUUUUCUCCUGUAUGACGUCCUCCCUCAAGAGAAAAUAACUGUCAGUUACCCCCCCCAAUACAGGACCCCACAUUAGAACACUGACAGUGCAUAUCACCUUUUUAUAUACAUGAUAGAAAUCAGUUAAUAUACCUGCCUUGUACACAUGCUCCAUGAAAUAUCUUUACUGAGGGACCCGAUGAAUUUUAAAAUGUACAUUGCGACUUCUGUUCUUUCGGUAGUGUUGUCAAAAUCCUUCGUCCGUUGUGUCACAUCGGCUCACACAAAAAGGGUAAAGAUAUUUAUUUGGAGGAGUGUACAUCCCAGGCUGACUCUUAACUAGUCUUGUUUGUUUAGUGCUUUUAUGCCCGACUGGAGAUGAUGGUCUACUUAGCUCCCCAAGAUUACUUUUGUGUACACUGUGACAGGUUGAGAAUUAUGGCUUAGCUUAGGGUGAGGAUUAUGGCUUGACAGGUUGAGAAUUAUGGCUUAGCUUAGGGUGAGGAUUAUGGCUUGACAGGUUGAGAAUUAUGGCUUGGCUUAGGGUGAGGAUUAUGGCUUGACAGGUUGAGAAUUAUGGCUUAGCUUAGGGUGAGGAUUAUGGCUUGACAGGUUGAGAAUUAUGGCUUGGCAGGUUGAGAAUUAUGCCUUGACAGGUUGAUAAUUUUGGCUUGGCUUAGGGUGAGGAUUAUGGCUUGGUGACUUUUAUUAAGGUUAACGUACGGUAUAUUCAAGUUAGAUAUAGUAGUAUGACAUUGCAGACAAAAUUAUGAAAUACUUUGAUGUCUGAUACAGAGACAACAUCACACCAAACAACCUUGAUAUUGGUGUAUGACAGCCUCGUGUAGGUUUAAAAUCUGCGUAAAUAAACCUGAUUUAUGUUUAGUUUGAAGAUUGAUUAUAUUUUAGAGAUUAAAUCAUAUCAGUUUUAUUUAAAUUCAAAACUAUUUGUAUCUCAGUCAUUAUAUGUAUACUGUAUGUAUAUUUGUAGUUAAUUAUUACGUUUUUGUAUUUAUUUUGGUAUUGAUUAUAUUGUGUAAUCUAACAUGGCCUCAGAUUCAUAGCUUUGGUUGUGAGCUUUGUUGGUACUGUACAGUUUAGUAAAGCACAAAGUUUGACCAAGACAUAAUGAUGAUAAAGCUUUAUAUAUUUUGAAGAGUUUAUUUACGGUACAUGUUUGUGUUGUUGACAUUCACGUACAUAAAAUGGCAUCAGCUUUUUCUUUUAUUUAAUUUUUUUUCAUUUAUUCUCAGUAUAUGUUUUGGACAAUCACGUGAAAUAUAUUUGGAGAGGAAUGCUGAAGAGUUUGAGUGGUUGGUUAGGAUAAGAUACUUCUCUAUUUAUUUCUAACAAGUUGAAUAUUAGGAAGACUAUAUGCAUUUAGAAAUAUGUUAUACUGUAAUUUAUGUGUGAAUUUUUUAAGUUAAUGUCUAUAUUUUUAUAUGGAUUAUUAACCUCUUGUGUAUGGAGGUCUCUCUGUGCUGAAUAAGGGUUCAGUAACAAUGGACACUUUAGAAUCAUUGAGUAUUUGAGUAACAUCAAAAGAGAAAGUACUGGUGACCUUGUUUUACACUUACACUCUAGUUUGAUCAUUAAGUUGGUCUGUUCCCAGAUAGGAUGUGCUUAGUUGUAUGAUGUGGCUUCUUAUUAAUUGUAUUUUGCAGUAGAUUUGCUCCACGAGGUUUCAGAUGAUAGAUUUGUUCCACAUAGGUAUCAGACAGUAGAUUUGCUCCACACUAAAGUUUCAGAUGGUAGAUUGGCUCCACUUAAGAAGUUUCAGAUGAUAGAUUGGCUCCACACAAGAGGUUUCAGAUGGUGAAGUUACCAAGUCUCAAAUUGUGUCGUAUAAGAUAAGGUGUUAUGGGUGUUCAUCUUAAAGAAUAAGAUAGAGUACAGUAUAUUGGUUCAAUGAGUUAUGCUUCAGAGGAUACUGUACAAUAUUAUAUAAUUUACAGGUUACUUCAAGGAAAGGUUACACUUAAUAUUUUUUGCCGGUGUGCUGUUACGAAAAAUAGGAAACCAGUGCUUUUUUACCCUAAUAUAAUUUUUAUUUGACGUAGGAUGAGUAUUAAUUUACUGUUUUCAUGGAAAUAUGAUAUAAAUAUUUACUGUCUCAACUAUACAUUUUUUUUUAUAGAGUUAGAUUUAGAAAGAAACCAAAGAUUUUUUUUCUUCUAUUACUUACUCAUAAUUACUGUAAUAUGGUAGUUAACUCACUCACUCACUCAUAGCUGCUAUGAAUAUAUAUUUUCUCACAGUCUUGAAAAUCCUCAACACAUCACUUAGUAUCUGUCUUUAUGUUGAUAUUACUGUCUUCGUCUAUUAUUCCAAGAGCACCGACAGCAACGACGAUCAAAAUAUUUGCUACAAUAUCCUUCCUGUAGGCUGGGCCACGACUCACAUGAAUCACUUGUUUAUUGUUGGUACAGUAUCAGAGGAAAUUAACUUUUGAGUCAUGAGUACACCUGCUAAGAAUGGGGGAAGAAGGAAGAUGGGAGAAUGAGUGCAGAAACACCUGAAAUAUUGAGAAGUAAAACUUUGAAGGGAUGGAGAUAUGGUAAAGUGAGCUUGUAACUGAUAGUGUGCAGGGUGAGUGUGGGUAUGAAUGUAUGUAUGUAUGUUGGUCUUAGUGUGGGUCCUUGCUAAGGGAUUUUGUUGUGGCAUUGAAGAGAGUAAAAGGAUUCAUGUGUGAGUCUCCUUAUUAUGUAAUUUAUAUACUGUAGUAUAUUAAUUUAUUAUCUUAUUUACGUAAUUAUUUUAUUCUUUUUUGAGGGGGUAAAUUUUCAAGUAAGUUGGGUAUAUACAUUUCAUUGUUACUAAUAAAAGCAUAUUGUAUUACAGUAUAAUACCUGUAAUUUGCAAUAUUAUAAAUAAUUUUAUUUUGCUUCAAGGGCCAGUGUGAGCUCAUUCAAAGGCCAAUCAGUGGCAAAGAAAAGGAUAAAAGUAAAAGUAAUAAUAAUUUAUUCUACAUUAGACUCGAACUAACUUGAGAUUUUGUUGAUUUUUGGCUGUAAUAAAAAUUCAAAAGACUCUUCAUUUUGACUGGGAGGUGUAGUGUGUAAAGAUUCAUAACAUAUUCUUUAGCCAUCUUCAAAACACUUGUUAAAAGACAGAGUGAUGUAUAGAUGACAUGUGUAUUACCAAAUCUCUUUUCUGGCUAAAGUUUCUGCCUAUUGUUUCUUCCCUGUAUGUAUGUGUGUACCAGUGUGCCUAUGUAUGAAUGCCUACCUGUUUACAUGUGUAUCAACCCCUUCAUGUAUACUUGCUGGUAUGUAUACAUUUCCCUGAAUUUGUGAAUCGUCUUGAGUGUGAGUGUUUGUGUGUGAGUGCUUCUGUUCGAGUGUUUGCAUAUGACUGUAUUUUAGAUUGGAAGUUUCACUUUUGAUGCUGGAGUAAGAUAAUGUAUUAUCACUGUUCAGGGAUGCUCAUAAAAAAUAUAGUUCUUCUCUGAGGUGAUAGUGUGUAUUAUAAUGUGUGUCUUGACGUUUUUCUAGGAGUAACAGCUUCUUAUUUACACACACACACACACACGAGGAAAGUUAAUGGCAUUUCUCUGAUAACUAACCCCAAAAGUUUUGCCUGAUCUUAUGGAAUGAUAUUCAGGUGUUAUGCUUCUGAAAUACAUGAACGAUAUUGACAAAAAUUAAAGUAUUAAAGUGAUAAAUAAUAAA